AUGCCUUUGAUCGAAGAUGUUGCAGAACUGCAGCAGGCCCAAAAUGUGGGGGCAAGAGGAGUUACAGGACACAGUGAAGAUGAGGACUCCGAACACAGUUUGAGCACAACAGUAAAGACCAAUGUCCAAAUGGAAAAAGAUGGGCUGGGGUUCAUACUAAUUCAGAACGGACCUUAUAUCCAGCUUAUAGGCCUCGUGGAGAAAAGUGCAGCAGCCAGAGAUGGAGAACUGCAAGCUGGAGAUGUGCUCAUUAAAGUUGGACAUGAGAAUGUCUUAGGGUGGACACUGCGAGAACUCCGGCAACGUUUACAAGGCACUCCCGUGGGGACCGUUCUGCAAAUCCGGGCCUAUAGGGAUUUUCUUGCAUUGCCCAAGAAGUGGGCAUUCACGAUGGAUGACAUUCCAGAAAGAAAGGGGGGCAACUUAGCUGACAUAUUUAGCGAUGCCAGCGAAGGAAGUUGGACAAGCAGCGAGGGCACAGACGAAUAUGCAGUUUGCAGGGAAGAAAUGGAUACUGAAGCCAAUCUUCAAAACGCUACUGGCUACCCUGAUGUUCAGGAUGAUAACGCUGCCCCCAUCCAAGCUCGCCAUGAUAAAACGGUGCACUAUGAAGAUGUGGAUGAGGAGCCUGAAGGCACCAAAGAGACAACUGCACAAAAGCUUUUUGCGCCUUCCCCCCAGCCCCACUGGAUCUCCAAAGACUGGCACUUCUUUGAAAGGAAGAGACACACAUUUACUGUGGGUUCGGACAUUGGUUGCGACAUUAUGAUACAUAAAGAUUUGAGGGCAGGAUGUGACACAGACGUCUCAACUCUGUGUUUAAGAUGCUCUUCACCAUACUGGACUAUGCCAAAAGUGAACAUCCCUUCGUCGCCAUCAUCCUCUUCCUUGUCAGAUGUAUUCUGGCUCAAAGACUCAACUGAGGAUGUGAAGUAG